AUGUGCGAAAUACACGUAAAAAAACAAAAAACUACUGUCUAUGCGUUGGGUUCACCAACAAGGAAAAAGAGGAAAGAAGAGUAUUGCUAUGAGUUCGUUGCACUACCAGUUGUUUCUUUUCUUCUGCUUCUCAGUGCUGCUGUUCAGGCUCCAUACAGAGAAGGCGAUAUUAUGCUGGGUGGACUUUUCAGCGUGCACCAGCCGGGGAGCAGAUUUGAAGAGGUACAUUUGAGAGGAAUUGGUCGCAUGCAGGCCAUGAUCUUCGCAAUCGAACGAAUAAACAACGACACAAGUAUUCUUUCGAAUAUUUCCCUUGGAUACGACAUAAGGGAUUACUGUGGAAACCUCUCAAAAGCUGCAAGACUUGUUUACAAACUUUUAACUGUUGAUUCUUGCGUCAAUUUAAGCCAAAAUGCCACAAGAAAGAAAGCCAUUGUUUCUUUAAUUGGCCCGUACGAAUCUAGUACAGCGCUAUUCAUUGGCGGAUUUCUCCGGAUGCUCAAUGUUUCGAGCAUAAGUGGAUCAGCUACUAGUGCUGAACUUAGCUCACUUACCUAUGACCAUUUAUUUCGAACAGUGCCUUCGCAUACUUUUCUUGCAGAGGCGAUGGUUGACUUGGUUACACACUUCAAUUGGAGUUAUGUUGCUGUCGUUGGACUAGAUGAUUCGUAUGGAAAAAAUGGAGCAUGGGCAGUAGUUAGCGAAAGUACGUGGAGAAAAAGCUCGUUCUGUAUUGCUUUGACGGAGUUUAUACGCCUCGAACAUAGUUAA